AGCUCAUAACAUAACAGGUGAAAAACUAACUGCUAAGCAAGCAAGAAGUGCGCACCCAAAAAUGGCUUCUCCAGCGAUCCAGAGAUCCCCACUCCCUUCCUCUUCUUCUUCUCCUCUCCAACGCCUCUCUACCUUCAAAGACAGAACAACAAACACACCCAAUUCAACCACGACCCCACCAUCUACCUCAUUCUCAUUUUCACCACUUGAUUCCUUCUCUUCCGAUCCAAUCUUCUCCGCAUUCCUCUCCUCCGACUUCGACUCCACCCGCUUCUCCUCCGCCGCCCUCUCCUCCGGAUCCGCCGCCGCCCGAGCCGAGAAGCUCCAAGAUGGCAUCCGCCUCCUCGAGAAGCAGCUCCGUUCCGAGGUCCUCUCCCGCCACCACGACCUCCUCUCUCAGCUCUCCUCCCUCAGAGACGCCGACUCCUCCCUCGCCGCCCUCCGAUCUGCCGUCUCCACCCUCCAAUCCUCCGUCCGCAGAGUCCGCUCCGAGAUCGCCGACCCCCACCGCCAGAUCCGCGCCAAAACUCUCCAGCUCUCCAACCUCCACCGCACCACCGAGCUCCUCCAGUUCACCAUCCGCGUCCUCCGCCUCUCCAAGAAACUCCGCGACGUCAUGGCCGCUGCCGAAUCCGAACCCGAAAAGCUCGACCUCUCCAAGGCGGCCCAACUGCACUGCGAGAUCUUGAGCCUGUGUAACGAGAAUGAGUUAGCCGGCAUCGCCGUGAUCGAUGAGGAAUUGAAUUGGGUUUUCGAUGCCGGACAGAAGUUGCGGUCAGAGGGAAUGAGGGUUUUGGAGAGAGGAUUGGAGGGUUUCAAUCAAGCUGAGGUUGGGGCGGGCUUGCAGGUGUUUUACAAUCUUGGUGAAUUGAAGGCAACAGUGGAUGGGUUGAUAAACAAGUACAAGAGUCAGGGUGUGAAGAGUGUGAGUGCUGCGCUGGACAUGAAGGCCAUUUCGGCCCCUUCCGGGGAUGGGUUUGGGCCCGGACUUGGAGGGAUACAGAGGAGUGGGACACCGCAAAUUGGCGGUGGGGCAAAGGCAAAGGAGGCACUGUGGCAGAGGAUGAGUACUUGUAUGGAUCAAUUGCAUUCCAUUGUGGUUGCAGUUUGGCAUUUGCAAAGGGUUCUGUCGAAGAAAAGAGACCCUUUUACGCAUGUUUUGCUGCUUGAUGAGGUCAUGCAGGAAGGUGAUUCAAUGUUAACAGAUCGUGUUUGGGAGGCCCUUGUGAAAUAUUUUUCCAGCCAAAUGAAGUCUGUUUUCACUGCUUCAAGCUUUGUGAAAGAGAUAUUUACUGUGGGAUAUCCAAAGCUCUUCUCCAUGAUAGAGAAUCUUCUUGAGAGAAUUUCACGUGACACAGAUGUCAAAGGAGUUCUACCAGCUGUCAGUUCAGAAGGAAAAGAUCAAAUGGUUACUGCAAUUCAAAUAUAUCAGACAGCUUUCUUGGCCCUCUGUCUGAGUCGACUGUCUGAUCUUGUUAAUUCCGUAUUUCCAGUGUCAAGCCGUGGAACUGUUCCUUCCAAAGAACAUAUCUCAAGAAUUUUAUCACGCAUUCAGGAAGAAAUUGAAGCUGUUCAGCUGGAUGCACGUUUGACACUUCUUGUCUUGCGUGAAAUCAACAAAGUUCUGAUUCUGCUUGCAGAAAGAGCUGAGUACCAGAUAUCUACUGGCCUGGAAGCACGGCAAAUAACUGGUCCUGCAACUGCAGCACAACUCAAGAACUUUGCAUUAUGUCAGCAUCUGCAAGAAAUUCAUACACGCAUAUCAUCUAUGAUCACCGGACUGCCCACUAUUGCCUCUGAUGUCUUGUCCCCAUCACUAGGUACCAUAUAUGGGGUUGCAUGUGAUUCAGUGACAUCCUUGUUCCAAGCCAUGCUUGACCGGCUUGAGUCUUGCAUCUUGCAAAUUCACGAACAGAACUUUGGUGUGCUUGGCAUGGAUGCUGCUAUGGACAACAAUGCAUCCCCUUACAUGGAAGAGUUGCAAAAAUGCAUUCUUCACUUCCGUAGUGAAUUCCUUUCUAGGCUGUUGCCUUCUUCAUCAAAUGCGAUCACUGCAGGAACAGAAACCAUAUGCACUAGGCUUGUCAGGAGCAUGGCUUCUCGGGUUCUGAUAUUCUUUAUAAGACAUGCUUCUCUUGUUAGACCUCUCUCUGAGUCAGGCAAGUUGAGAAUGGCUAGAGACAUGGCUGAGCUGGAGUUAGCUGUGGGCCAGAACUUGUUCCCGGUUGAACAGCUUGGUGCGCCAUAUCGAGCCCUUCGUGCAUUCCGGCCCGUUAUUUUCUUGGAAACAUCUCAAUUGGGAGCAUCUCCUCUUCUUCAAGAUCUGCCACCUAGUGUCAUACUUCACCAUCUUUACUCUCGAGGCCCAGAAGAAUUGCAGUCACCAAUGCAAAGGAACAAACUUACGCCUCUACAGUAUUCAUUGUGGCUGGAUUCUCAGGGUGAGGAUCAGAUUUGGAAAGGUAUUAAAGCAACUCUAGAUGAUUAUGCUGCAAAGAUAGGAGCAAGAGGAGACAAAGAAUUCAGUCCCGUAUAUCCUCUUAUGACGCGACUGGGAUCAUCUUUAUCAGAAAACAUGGUGGCGUUGCAAAAACCUUGAAGAGUGGUAUAAGCUGACAUAAACCAUUUGUCUGUGUAGAUGGAAUGUCCUUCACUAGGUUUUUGCUUUUAGAAACAGUUCUGCAUAUGAAAAUUGGACCAAACCUAUAUUGUUCCAUGCUAGUUUACUUCCCUCUUUUUUAAGGUCUAAAUCUUAUUCAUUGAGAAGAAAAGAGGGUCAAUUGCUAAUCAACUCUGCUGAGCUUCUGGAUGUCGUUCAAUUAUGUUACAUUCUGUAUAUUUCCUCCCGAUCCUUCAAAUUUUCUUCCCUUUUUUACUUGUUUGCAUAACCUUUUCUCACCCACUUUUAAAGAGGCUGUACUUCGUAAAUUUUGUUUCGAACUCACAAUAAUUGUUAUUGUUAAAAAAAAAAAAGUCCGGAAAUGACUUGUAUUCAAAGAUAUUAGUGUUUCAUAUUUAAACAUCGACUUUAAUUACAAA